GUGGCUCUAGGACCCAGGAGAAUAACUCGUAGGACAGUAUAUUUUUUGAGUGAUGAAAAGAACCUGGUCGCAUCUCCACGCAGAAGACUAAGUGGACUGUGCAAGUCAACUGGCUAGUCUGGAUAGCCACCGCGCCGCCAAAGACAGAUAAAUUCACCCACAAUCCACUCGAAGAAGAUCUUCCCCCUUUUUCUUCCAUCCCUCCCUCCUCAGACUCCCUCCCCCAGACACAGAGUCCGUAUUCAGAGCACCGGGACUCGGCUGGAGGAGCGCGUUUGGAUAAGGGAGGUUUCUGGGGAUCACCAAGUAGGGCAGCGGCGGAGUGCGCCCUGUCUAAUCAAACGAUCAAUCAAUCAAUCAUUAAAUCAGCGGGAUCACAGCAAGGAGCUGACAGCCUCCUUCUCAUCCGCCUGCUCGAAUCGAACCGAUUUUGUUAAAUAUACCGCAAAAGGUUGAUUUGAAAGACUGGUCAACCAGGCUUGCUGCAAAUGUGCCAUUCGCGCGCUCAACGCUCUCAAUGACAAAACGGUCUUUUACUGACGGAAACACUUUUGCCUUUGGAGAGGAAAGCGGAGAGCGACACGCAAGUCUGUUUAUGUCACGUUACUGCUGUUGGGACACUCUGAUUGACUAGUUACAUUUCAAAUAGGCUAUUGAAUAGUUGAGGCUGUCGCUGGAGUCGUGAUCAGCGGGAAUGAGACUGAGGGAAUCCGCCGCAGCUCGGAGAACUGGGCUGGCUUUCGCUCGGGAACUACAAGGCUAGAUAUACAACUUCUGUGUUAGACUUUAUCUUUCGAUAUGGAGCGAUCGGCAUCGCUGGACAUCGAGGCGCUGAAGAUGACUCAGGAGCAGUAUAUCCUGGCAUCUCAGCCAAACCCCCUCCAAAGGCCGGGAUGUGCUACUGUGUACCCGGUGGGGAUUUAUGGCUGGCGAAAGCGCUGUCUCUAUUUCUUCAUCCUACUCCUCCUUGUCACCAUGAUCGUCAACCUAGCCUUGACCAUAUGGAUUCUAAAGGUCAUGAACUUCACCGUGGAUGGCAUGGGAAAUCUCCGUGUAACCAAAGAGGGCAUCAGAUUAGAGGGAGUGUCGGAGUUCCUCCUUCCACUUUAUGUGAAAGAGAUCAAAUCCAGACGGGACAGUCCUCUGGUCUUACAGUCAGAUCGCAAUGUGACGGUGAAUGCACGAAAUAACCUUGGCCAGCUGACAGGACAGCUCACUGUGGGCUCUGAGAUGGUAGAAGCCCAGUGUCAGCGGUUCGAGGUGAGAAGUACUGAUGGCGAGAGAGUUCUCUUCUCUGCUGAUGAAGAGGAGAUCAGUAUUGGCACAGAUAAACUGAGGGUCACAGGCAAUGAGGGAGUUGUGUUUAGUCAUUCGUUGGAAACACCACAUGUUCGAGCUGAACCAUUCCAAGACCUGAAGUAAGACAUACUUUCCAUAUGUAUCACAUUAUCAUUCAAAUCUCCUUUAUACUGUAUAUUCAAUGCAGGAGUAGGGGAAUUCAAAGCUUCUUGUAGGAAAGAUCUCACUUUAGAGUCUUCAGAAGGAGAGAUCUUUCUAAACGCAAACUCAAUCCGUCUUGGAAAUCUUCCACACGGGAGCGUGGACCCUUUGCUCGGUCCAGGGACCACGUACCCCAAACAGACUGUGUACGAGGUGUGCGUAUGCCCCAGCGGCAAGCUGUAUCUGUCUCCUGCAGAGAGCUCCUCCACCUGCCAGACCACCAACAGUGUGUGUCUCUGGAGCUGAGAAAGGUGGGUGGGCCAUGGACCACCCAGCACCAGAAAGGCCUUCCUUCACCUUUCCACUCCUGCUCCUUCCCUUCUUCCUCUACUUUCUCUGACCUCUUUUCUUUCUCAAGACAUUUCUGUUGACCCUUUCUUUUAUCUACCCAUACAUCAAGCUGUCCAUAUUCCUAUCCAUUGGUCCAUCUAUCUAUCUAUCUAUCUAUCUAUCUAUCUAUCUAUCUAUCUAUCUAUCUAUCUAUCUAUCUAUCUAUCUAUCUAUCUAUCUAUCUAUCUAUAUGUCUGUCUGUCUGUCUGUCUGUCUGUCUGUCUGUCACAGUGGUCUCCAACCCACUGAUCGUGAUCGACUGGUAGAUCUUUAUCACUGUCCCAGUAGAUCCCAAAAAUAACAAUAAAAUAAAGUACAUAAAUACAAUACAUUUCUCCAUUCUUUGUACUGUUUUUGUACUUAUUUUUCUGUUAUUUCGGGAGCUACUGGGACAGUGAUGAAGAAAAAUACAUUGCACAGGAAGUUAACAGAGGUAAGAGAUGCUUAAGAUAAGGGCAAAGAGGAAAAAAUACUGUAGCAGGCAGAGAACAAGCUCAAUGUUCACGAUGCUCGAAAUAUAGGUAGAAGAUGUGGGGUAAUAUUAAUGUAUCAUUGAAAGGAACUGUCUUGAGAAAAGUGUUAAAGGCAAUAAUGGCAUUUUCUUCUCUUAUCUCCAUAUAAAGCGCAGCUAUAAUUUGUUUGCAGGCGUAACCAAGAAAAUGCUAUAUUGCGGCUGGUUCAUAAGCACCACCUGCUGUCAGAGAGUGAAUCUGUAUCUCAUUCAGACCUGCUGUUUUUGUUUCAUGCAAAUGUUUUAUGUAGCCAAAAAAAAAAAAAAAAAAGACAAAAACAACUGCUCAUGAAACUUGUGUAGCAUCUUUGUUUGGAUCGCGAUUAAGAUGCAGUGGUUGCCUCUAAUUUCAAACGUCUACAGAUAUUUUUGUUUAAGGCCAAUUUGCUUGUUAUAAAGCAAGUAGCCAAUAAAUACAUUUUCUUGAAAAAAAAAAAAAAAAAAUAUCUGAUUCUGAAUCAGUCAUGAUCCAGACAAUUUGGAUCACUAAUUAAAAUACUAAAUAAAAGGCCUCAAAUUGGAAGUACAAAUUGGAUAUCUUUUCCUAUCAAUUAUUCAAUAUGUAGGUCUUGUCUUUCAUAAAGGCAGAGGGCAGGGAUCCUGGGCUUAAAAAGGUUGGUGACCACUGGUCUACAGUAUCUGUCUGUUCCAUCCCCAUUUCUUUCACACAUUGACCAUACAUCACUCUUUCCCUUUUUUUGUCAUUUUUCUUUGUCUUCCUCUUUCAAUUUACCCUCUUUCCCAUCUUCCCUUUCCCCUUUGUCCUCUCAAGCAGAAAUCAGGAAUCAUUAGGCAUAUCUUGGCUUGGUUAAAGCUGCAUCUUCCCAAUCUGUAAAUGGAGCAGAAACUCUCUUUUUUCUUCUCUUUUUUGUGUGUGUGUGUUUUGUUCCUCUUUUUUUUAUUUUUUAUUUUUUUUUGUAUGAGCGUCUGACUCAGUGGAGGAUUGCGAAUGUGUGCCAGGACGCUGGACUGCACUCGUGAAUGAGCACACACACGGCGACCUGCAAACAAGCGUGUUUUUUUUUUAAGAAGAUACAAAGGUGCCUUUGCUACUGUUAGUAAAGCACAUCACCUGCUACUCUCCCUCCACGUGCAGUAAGACUAAACUCCGCUAGGAAAACUGACCGAACGAACCCUCUCCUCUCUUUUAGUUCCUGCUCAAAAAGACACUAUGAUAAACAGAAAAUAAAACAAAAACUUACUUUCCUCUUGGAUGUUUCUUUUUAGAAAAAAAAAAAGCACAAAAUUAUGCCAUGUAAAUAACAACAUUAAUAAAUAAUAAUAAAAAGAGAAAGUUUAUUUUAAGAAUUUUGUAUUCAAGAAUGCUUGAUAAAAUUUAUUUUUUAUUGUUUAGGUCUCAUGGACAUGUUUUCAUGUACUAUGGUGAGUUAAUGUUAAAAAUGAUUUUGUUUUCUUCUUUUUCUUCUCUCUCUCUCUCUCUCUCUCUCUCUCUCUUAAUACUCUUUAUCUGUCAUCAAUCAAAUUCAGUUGUUGGAUUGUAUUUAGGUCCUAUCUAAAAUUAAUCCUGCCGGUCAAAAGUGGUGCCGUAAUCUUUUCCCAACUCUAUGGUUAUGUUUUGUUUUGUUUUUUUUUUACUUCUGUGUGUGUGUGUGUGUGUGUGUGUGUGUGUGUGUGUGUGUGUGUGUGUGUGUGUGUCUUUUUUUAUUCCCUCCACAUGAUGUAGUGUAAAAAUCAAUACUGCAAGUUUAUUAUUAAUCAUCAUUGUUACAUUAUUUACUGUUUUCAGUGUUUCAGGCUAUGGACCACUGCACUUGGGUAAAUUAAAAUAUGAUUUAGAGCGUCAUUUCUGCAAAAAGAUUUUAGAGUGAAUGAAAAGUAAACUGCCAAUGUGGAUUAACCUUUCAUAGUGUUCUGUAGGGACAUUUUUUUUUGACCCAUUUGGAAUUACUUGCAUUUGGAAAAAAAUGCAUUAAUUAAGCUAAUGCAAGAAAAGCUCCUAAAAUAUAAAUUCAUAGUAAUAAAUUAGUUGGUAAUUAAAAACAGUUCUAAUAAAUAAGCAACAUGCACAAAAUUAGGAGCAAUUCAUGUAAAAAAAUCUAAUUCCAGAGAGGUUAUCACACUUAUUGUACAGCAGUAAUCCAAUAACACUUGUGUUUAUGGCUGUCAUCACCCUCAUUAUGACACAUGAAACACUGUCGUUUGAGAAUUUUGACAGCAUUUUUUUUCACUUGCGAGAGACAUGCCUGUAAGUGAUCAUGCCUGUAAUAACUGAAGUAUACCUCUAAGUUCAAAAACUCAAUUUUGUUUUUUGGAUGCCAAAAGUCUGAAAGAAGAUGCCCAAAUCUGCCCUCAUAAAUGUUCAAAAUAUGGAGGAACCUGGAUAGCAAACUCUAGAGUAACACAGAACGGGCUACUGUACAGUAGUCUGAGGUGCUUAGCAUCAAAAAAAAAAAAAAAAAAAAAAAAAAAAACACUGUUUAUUUAUUUUUGUGUUUAAGUUCUGUAGGAGGGAAGAUUUCUUAAGAGAAAACAAAGAUAUAUUUUCUUAUAAAUUCUAUGCAAUGUGUUUGUAAGAUUGCUGUGAGGUUGGAAAAUUAUUCAGUAAUAUAAGAGGUCAAGAUGUCCUAGAUUUUCUUUUCAUCAUAAAUCCAGUAUUAUGACACUCAAAUUAACCUGGCUCAUGAAAUGAGUUUGCAAAUAAUUAAAAAUAAACAUGAAAUGAUGAACACAUGCAAAUAUGUUUGUUUGGAAUAUUAAAAAUCUUUGUUUAGGAGAUGAAACCCAAGCAAUGUCUUUCUCUUCGUUCUCUUCCCAUGUUAUUUCUCACCAAUUUUAGAGUCCAUGGGGAGUUGAUUUAUUUUCUGUGGAGAAAAGUAAGAACAUAUAUUGCUACAUCUCCCUGUCUCUGUCUUUUUAUUUCUUUAUUUUCUGUCCAUUUUCUAUCAAUGUUUGACUAGAACGAGUAGAGGCAGGCAGAGGCAGUCUUUGAGGCUUUCGAAUCAAAUUUACCAUGAAAUAGAACAUCUUCAUAAAAGGAUGAGGUCAGUGAUUUGGUUAGGACUCACUCCUCUGGCACCUCUACUCUCAUUUGGAAAAGCAGAGAGCUCUUAUAAAGCUUAUGAACUCUGGGAGAGAAGCUAAGCAUCUGAGGAGAGCAAAGGCCAUAAAAAAACUAUUCAUUCUUCACUGUAUUUUGUGCUCAUAAAUUUUGGCCCACUAUUAAAAACGUGUUUUGAGUGUAAAACAAACACCCUUCAGGGUUUUUUGCUUGUUUAUUUAUUUAUUUUUUUAAACACAUACAUUUUUUUUCCCAGUCAUUGCACUUUAUUUACCCUUUACAGUAUGUUUUAAAAUGAGAUUUGAAGGUGAAAUAUAAUUAAAUCUGUUUCCAAGGGUUUUGAAAACAAACUUUGUUGAGUCUUGAGAUACAGGUUCAUUACAAAUUCAGUGUGAAUUUCAUACUUAUUGUUUAAUGCCAUCUGUACUAUAGUGUUUGGAUUUUCAAAAUGAUAAAAAAAAAAAAAAAAUGCAUUAAUAAAUAAAUAAAAUAGCUUUCCUAAACAAUGAAUAACUUGUCUAGGACAAAACAGCUGUUGACUGAGUUCGUUUGGAUUGAAUAGUGUCUAAGAAGAUUGCCUGAAUUUAAUUGUAGUUGUAUUCUGCUCUAAAUAUUGAAUGUUUAUGAGACUUCUCAUUGGCAUUCAGAAGGGAGAAACACGUUGAAUAAAGAGUCGAGAAGUAGACGGACAACUCACAACCCACAGGAGGCAAUUACUAAAAUCAAACGCACACAAACACUUUACAGUUUUCACCGUAUUACUGUUAUAGUUCUUUCUUUCUUUCUUUCUUUCUUUCUUUCUUUCUUUCUUUCUUUCUUUCUUUCUUUCUUUCUUUCUUUCUUUCUUUCUUUCCCUGUAUUUUCAAGGUCAUUUCCUCCUUUUGUUUUUUCAGUCUUUUGUUUUUCAGUGAACUCACACCCUAAGACUUCAAUAUGGACAAAAAUGAGUGUGAAUGAUAGUCUUUACAAUGGCACACACUGUACAAUGGUCCUAUGUCAUGUAUUUUUUUUUCACAGCUAAAACCUUGCAAAAUUAUUCUAUAGAGAUUGUGUCUACUAAAAGUCAGCAAGAUGUUUUGUCAGCUGAACAAUCAGUAUGUCAUUAAACAACAUAUACAAUGCAUCGAAGAUGCUGCACUUCUAUUCCU